AUGUUAAAAGAGGGUACAUUUUCAUUUCCAUCAAUAUUUCAAGGUUGGACUUUAAAUAAUAAUAAUAAUAAUAAUAAUAAUAAUAAUAAUAAUAAUAAUAAUAAUAAUAAUAAUAAUAAUAAUAAUAAUAAUAAUAAUAAUAAUAAUAAUAAUAAUAUUAAUAAUAAUGAUAAUAAUAAUAAUAAUAAAAAUCAAGAUGAAAAUGUAAAUAAUAAUAAUAAUAAUAAUAAUAAUAGUACAGAAAAUGAUAUGGAUGUACCAACAAUAGAAGAAGAUUAUUAUAAUGAAGAUUCGUUUGAAGCAUUAUUUCAAAGAGAAAAGAAACCAAAAAAAAAUAAAUUAAAUCUUGAUUAUGAAAUAAUUGCACUUGCAUCACCAACAACAUCAACACCUUCUUAUUCUUCACCAUUAAAAUUAUCACCAACUUUAAAUUCAUCAAAUAUUAAUUUAAAUGGUAUAAAUAUUAGUAAUAGUAAUAGUAAUAAUAAUACUAAAGAUGAUAAAAUUAAAAAUAAUAAUAAUAAUGAUCAAUGCGUACCCAUGACAGUAGACAUUUCAUCAACAUCACCAACAACAUUUUCACCAUCACAAUUAUUUAAAAGUUAUUAUUAUACAAACAACAACAACAAUAAUAAUAACAAUAAUAAUGAGGUGAAUUCUAGCGCUAGUUUUAUCUCAAAUCCAUUUAAUUUCUUUAAAUCAAUAAGAUCAUAUAAAAAAGAUGAAACUACUCAAGAUGAAUUAGAAUCUUCUUCAAUUGUAAAUAAUAAUAAUAAUUGUAAUAUUAAUAUCGAAAGAACAACAACAACUACAACUACAACAACUACAACAACUACAACAACAACAACUAAAAUUAUACCAUUUAAAAAAGGUAUUAAUUUUGAAGAACUACCAUUAGAAAUUAUUGUAUAUAUAUUAGGAUUUUUAGAAUGUGAAGAUAUUGGUUUAAGAACAUCAUUAUUAAAUAAGAAUUUUAGAGAUAUUUCAGAUUUUUAUUUUAUUUGGAAGAAUCUAUAUAUUAAAAAAACUGAACCAAUUAAAAUUAAAAAUAAAAGAAAUAAAUUCUUUAAUGUUGAUAUAAAUUCAAUUUAUAAAGAUAACAAUAAUGAAAUUAGUUUAGAAAAUAAUAAUAAUAAUAAUAAUAAUAAUAAUAAUAAUAAUAAUAAUAAUAAUAAUAAUAAUUUUAAUAAAUUUAAUAAGAUUGAACCAUUAAAAGAAUAUAAAUUAUUAUAUAAAAAAAGGACAAUAACAGAAAAGAAUUGGAAAAGAGGUAUUUGCUCAGUUCAAACAUUAUAUGGUCAUCAAAGAGGUGUUUGGGGUGUACAAUUUCAUGGUGAUCAAUUAGUAUCAUGUUGUGAGGAUGGUGUUAUGAAAGUAUGGGAUUUAAAAGAUGGUGAAUGUAUAAACACGUUAUUUGGUCAUAAUGAUGUUGUGAAUUCAUUUCAUUUUGAAAAGGAGCGAGUUGUUAGUGGUAGUGAUGAUUCAACUUUGAAAAUGUGGAAUUCAAAUACUGGUCAAUGCUUAAAUACAUUCCAUGGUCAUCAAGGGUCAGUUUGGAUGCUAGAAUUUAAAGACAAUUGGUUAGUUAGUGGUGGUAAUGAUAGGAUGGUGAGAGUAUGGGAUACAAAUACCGGUCAACAAGUUUCAAAACUUAAAGGACAUACAGGUAGAAUCUAUUAUGUUCAAAUGGGGAAUAAUUUAGUGGUUAGUGGCGCCCAAGAUAAAACAUGUAAAGUAUGGGAUCUAAGAUGCGGUUUACCAAUUCAUUCAAUGGUAUCAUCCUCCUCAAUACGUUGUUUGCAAAUUGAUGGCAAUCUAUGGGCUGACCACAGUGGCGGAAGUGGUCGUGGGAGCGGCGAUUGGGCAGUUGCAAGUGGCCAUGACGAUGGCUCCAUUGGUGUCUGGAAUAUGAGGACUGGCACACUCCAAGCAACUCUAUCAAAUCCAUUAAGUAAAGCAGUUUGGCAUAUUCAAUUUAGAAAUAAUGUAAUUUACACUUCCUCUGAAAAUAAUCUUUAUAGUUGGAAUUUAAAUAUUGCAGAUGGUUCAGACUCUAAAACUAUAAACACUCAAUUAACUUCAAAUAAAGUUUUCAAAGGUCAUACUAAAUCAAUUAAACAUUUUCAAGUUAAAGAUAAUAGAUUAGUUAGUGGUGGUUUAGAUAACAAAAUUAAAAUUUGGGAUUUAGAUAAACCUGGAAAUAAUUAUUUAUACACCCUUGUUGGUCAUUCAAAAAGUGUUGAUUGGUUAGAAUUUAAAAAAGAUAAAUUAAUAAGUUGUUCAGCUGAUCAUACAAUUAGAGUUUGGGAUUUUAAUUCAUAA